AUGGCUGGAUUCAGCUUCGCCAAGAAAUUCACUCACAAGAAACAUGGAAAGACGCCUUCUGAUGCUUCUAUCUCUGACCAAUCUAGAGAAGCUUCACUGUCAACUCCUCCAAAUGAAAAAUUUUUCACAAAACAAGAAACGCCUCAGAAAGGGCGUCAAUUUUCACAAGGUUACCAUUCUAAUGUUAAUAAAACUAGUUCACCACCUAUGUUUGCCAGAAAACAGGUAUCCGAAUCAAGGAUUCAACCGAGCGCAGUACCACCGCAACAGCGAAAUGUCUCAGGACCGUCCACUACUCUCCAUAAGCAGCUUUCAAAACAGAGAGAAUAUACCGUAUGGAAUAGAAUCAAGUUACAGAAUUCUCCUUUUCCACGUUAUAGACAUGUUGCUUCAGCAUAUGUUACAGACAAGAACCAGAUAUAUGUUAUUGGGGGACUUCAUGACCAAUCUGUGUACGGCGAUACAUGGAUAUUAACGGCCUUCGAUAAUGCCACCAGAUUUUCCACUACAACGAUAGACAUAAGUGAAGCUACACCACCACCAAGGGUAGGCCACGCUGCUGUAUUAUGCGGGAAUGCCUUUGUUGUAUUUGGCGGUGACACACACAAAGUCAAUAAGGAAGGUUUGAUGGACGAUGACAUAUACCUUUUGAAUAUUAAUUCCUAUAAAUGGACAGUCCCGGCACCCGUGGGACCACGUCCAUUGGGAAGGUACGGUCAUAAAAUUUCGAUUAUCGCCACAACUCAAAUGAAAACAAAACUGUACGUGUUUGGUGGUCAAUUUGAUGACACCUACUUCAACGACUUGGCUGUUUACGACUUAUCUUCUUUUAGAAGACCGGACUCUCAUUGGGAAUUUUUGAAACCAAGGACCUUUACACCACCACCUAUUACCAAUUUUACUAUGAUAUCAUACGAUUCUAAACUAUGGGUAUUUGGUGGCGAUACCUUACAAGGUUUAGUAAAUGAUGUGUUUAUGUACGACCCUGCAAUAAAUGAUUGGUUUAUCAUUGAUACCACGGGUGAAAAGCCUCCUCCAGUUCAAGAACAUGCUACUGUAGUCUACAACGAUCUGAUGUGUGUUGUAGGCGGGAAAGAUGAGCAUGAUGCUUAUUUGAACUCCGUGUAUUUCCUAAACUUGAAAUCGCGUAAAUGGUUUAAAUUACCUGUAUUUACGGCUGGAAUUCCGCAAGGCCGUUCUGGGCAUUCUUUAACAUUAUUAAAAAAUGAUAAAAUUUUGAUUAUGGGAGGAGAUAAAUUUGAUUACGCUAGAGUCGAGGAGUACGACUUGCAUACCUCUGAUAUUGAUAUGCAAAGAGGUACAAUUGUUUAUACGCUAGACUUGGCCCGCAUAAAGGACCUUUGUCCAGGCGUAAUGGAUGUUCCAACUGAUACGCCAACUCCGAGAAAUGGUAAUCUUGACCUGGCGACGCCCGUUACCCCAACCUCUCAUCAAACUAAAAAUAUGAACGUACCAAUUUCAGCAGCUCCUCUAGCUUCCGCUCCAUCACCUGCACCAAAAGAUUUUUCAGAUGCUGAUCGCCUCAACAGGGAGGUACACAAUCGAAAUGUGUCAACAGAACACCAAAAUCAGAGCCACCCAGUAAAUUCUGAAUCUCACUUGAUUGCUGAGCCUAACAUUUUGACUCCAUAUGUUCCAUCUGAAAGCUCACAAACGCCGGUUAUGAAAAUAACUUCCAACAAACCAUUUGAUACGCCUACUAUCCAGAAAGAACCUGAUCUUUCUGAAACUAUGGAUCCAACAGUUGGAAAUCAGCGCAUCCCAUCUUCAAUCUAUGGAGAUAAUCUCACCCCUGCAAACCAAAUAAAGAAUAACUCCCCAAUAUUAGAGACGCUUCCAAGUAAUGAGAUAAAAACGCCCCAAAAUGGUAAUAUAGAGGAAAUAAAACAUCUUCCUGACGCUGAUGAAAAAAUAGAUUCCACGACGACCUUCGACCAAGAGAUAAACGGGGACAAACUAGGCACAUCUUCGAUGUCCAAGGUUGAAGAGGACGGCAAUGUUGCUGACGAAGACGACGAAAUCGGUGUGGCUCAAAUGGCGAGCUCCCCAUCCAAAGAUCAGUUCAAAAUAAAGCAUUAUAAUGAAUCUUCAGAAUUAUCACAGAAUAAUACGGAGAUCGACAAACUGUCCGAGCCUGUGGAUAUUACAAUAAAGAAAAGCGACACCGCGGGCCAUGAUAGUGCUAACCAUGUUAUUGAUGCAAGUGAUGAAAAAAACGUGUCCCCAAUGGGAGACGUUCCAACUGAUACGAAAAAUGAAGAAGCUAGCGUUCCUAUAAAUAGAGAUGCUACUACCGAAGUCGUAGAUAGGGCACUAUUUGAGAAAUUAAGAUCGGAAUUGCAAAGUUUGAAAGAAUUGACGCACGAAAAGGCGCUUGAAGCCGGAGCUCACAUAAAGGAAUUAGAGACGGAGCUAUGGCAGUUAAAAUCCCAGAAGAAUUCUGGGACAACGAAAGAAAUAGAUGAAUUGGAUUCCGUCAGACUGCAAUCAAAAUGUGAAAUACUAGAGGCAGAUAAUCAUUCCUUGGAAGAUAAAGUUAAUGAGCUAGAAGAGUUGGUGAAUAGCAAAUUCUUAGACAUAGAGAAUCUAAAUGAAGUUAUACAAUUUCAGAACGAAAAAAUUAAAUCCUUAGAACUAGAGCCUAAUUACAAAGAAAAACUUGAAGAACUACAGAUAGAACAUGAGAAUUUGAGUAGAGAAAAUGAAAGGUUGAAAAAUGAAAGCAAACAACAUAACGAAGAUAUAAUCAAUAAUGUUGCGAAUUACUCGUCACAGUUAGGCUCAUUGAUCAGUCAUUGGAAAGAAAACAGAGCCAACUCUUCGUUUCUUGAAUCUUCUUCUUCUUUGAUAUCUGUAUCGGAUGAAAAUGGCGAGAAAACUGUCGGUGAACCCUAUGGUGAUCAAAGUCGUCACCACCGUGUAGUGAUUAACAAACUAACGAAUAGAUUGGACGAUUUGCUGGAGAGAAGUCAAGAGCUAACAAUAUCUAAAGAAAAACUAUCUUCUGAAUACCAUGCUUUAAAGAUGGAACACAGCUCAUUAAGUCAAGAUGUAUUAGUAAAAGAGAAUGAAAUCAAAAAAAUACAGAAUGAUUACAAAGAAAGUAUCAGUUCUAUGGACAGUGCAAGUAAGGCACUAAUGGUUUCACAAAGAGAGCUAGAGAAGUACAAGAGUUUGAAUAAAAAGUUAAUCGACGAGUUAGAUGAAUUGAAGUUCAAAAAUGGCGUCUGCAGUGAAAAUUUCGAAAAUGGUCUCAGAAGCACCGAGGAGAGUUCCAAUAAUGUAAAAAAUAGCAACAGCAUAAGAGAAAAUCAAUUCAACAUCAAAAUAAAUGAUCUGAAAGCGGAACUCUUCAUCACUAAUCAAGAAAGAGAUGACUUGAAAAGUGAAGUGUUAGAGUUGAAAAAGAGAUUAUUGAAUUUGGAAAAUAACACCAAACAAGUUAAUGAAGAUGCUGACAGCGAUCUACUAUAA